CGUCAUUAAUGCAUUGUGGUUUCGAUACCACAUAAUGGACAAGAUAUUUCUCCCUUACCUUCAACAAAUUGAACCACAUGCCCAGUUUACAUUCAAUCUUCCGAUAAUAGAGUCGUCACUGGGGACGAAGUACUUUGCCAAAGUAGGCUCGCUCAGUGAACGAGAGCAGUUCGUGGGAGAGGCAGAGUCACUCGGAGCCAUACACAAUGCUGCACCAGGACUGGCUCCUCGGGUGUUCGCCGCAGCCAGUCCAGAUUAUUCUGCUGCGCAAUAUGAACGGCCCUAUUUCCUGUCGGAAUAUCGGAAUAUCACGAGUCUCGCUUCAAACUUUGAAGCAGGGGAGAAGCUUGGGACGAGGCUGGCUACGGAGCUGCACGUGUACAAGAGCACCAUGGGGUUUGGAUUUCAUGUGCCCACCUUCUGUGGAGCAACGCGACAAGACAACGGCUGGCAUCAAACCUGGGAAGGAUGCUACAGCGCCAUGAUUGGGGGCCUCCUCGUCAAGCUCCACGAUAAAGGCAGGUUUUCAGAACUUUGCACCAAAGGGGAACAUGUGAGGUCCAAAGUGAUCCCAUACUUACUUCGACCCCUCGAGAUUGAGCCGGUGCUAUUGCAUGGCGACCUAUGGAGCGGUAAUGUAGGCAUAGAUGAUUCAUCAGGUCAACCUGUUAUCUUUGAUCCAUCAUCUUACUACGGCCACAAUGAAGCUGAUCUAGCUAUUGCUCGUAUCUUUGGCGGAUUUCCACGUAGCUUUUUUGAAAAGUACCAUGAACAUCUGCCCAAGACCAAACCUGUGGAUCAGUACGAGCUCAGAGCGGACCUUUACGAGCUGUACCAUUAUCUAAACCACACCGUCCUGUUUGGAAGUUCAUAUGCAGGAAGUGCUCUGCGCAAGAUGAAUACACUUCUUGGGGCUUGCUCGUGUAUCGAUAAUACACGAGCCUUAACACAACCGAGAACUACUUAUCAUAUAUAGCAAGCCAACCAGUGGUCGAUGGAACAUUGUAUCUUCGUGACAAUUUCUCGACGACUACGAAUUCCAACGCUGUAGAUCUAUAUGUACACAUAGCCCACAGCCCUAAGAUGUCCUGUAGCUGUGGCAUCGU